CGAGGCUGCGCGCUCCCGUGAAGUAAUUCAUUGUAUCAGAUUGAGACGGGAGGAAGCAGCAAGCGCCUCGGCAGAUCUGGAGACCAACUCACCUUCGAGAAACGCUGAAAAUCCCGUUGCUCGGCACAUAAACUGAAGCGAUGGCGGCCAUCCGUAAGAAGCUGGUGAUAGUGGGGGAUGGAGCUUGUGGGAAGACGUGUCUUCUGAUCGUCUUCAGCAAGGACCAGUUCCCCGAGGUCUACGUUCCCACCGUGUUCGAGAACUACGUUGCAGACAUAGAGGUGGAUGGCAAACAGGUGGAGUUGGCUCUUUGGGACACAGCCGGUCAGGAGGACUACGACAGGCUGAGGCCUCUCUCCUAUCCAGACACUGACGUUAUCCUCAUGUGCUUCUCCAUAGACAGCCCCGACAGCUUGGAAAACAUUCCAGAGAAGUGGACUCCAGAGGUCAAACACUUCUGUCCCAACGUCCCCAUCAUCCUGGUAGGAAACAAGAAAGACCUCCGUAAUGACGAUCACACGCGCCGAGAGCUGGCCAAGAUGAAGCAGGAGCCGGUGAAGUCCGAGGAGGGUCGGGACAUGGCCGGCCGCAUCGCUGCUUUCGGAUACAUGGAGUGCUCUGCUAAGACCAAGGACGGAGUGCGGGAGGUGUUUGAGAUGGCCACCAGGGCGGCGCUGCAGGCCCGCCGGGGCAAGAAGAGCAAUAAAUGUGUACUGCUCUAAAAUGGCAGGCACAUUUGGACUGUUUUCACACUGGGUUGUUAAACCCGAAAAUAGGGCUCGGGAGGGAUUACUAGAUGGGGGGAGGGGAGGGGAAAGAAAAGAGUGCAGUAAAUGACUACCACUGUAAAAUGGCUGUUUGUUGGAUUGAAAUUUACCCUGGGACUUAAUGUGGGAAGCUAGAUGGAGAGGG